GUCGUCGUCGUCGUCGUUGUCGUCUCGCCAGUCACUGACACUCAAACCACAUCUCGCCAUGCCGAGGCUCAGCUAUCGCGAGCACCGCGCAGCGCGGGCCGCGGCGUACGGCUCGGACGCAGGCGACUCGAUCGCCUCCUUCUCCACGCUCGCGAGCCACACCACGCUCGGCUCGAUAGCGUCGCCCUACGGCACCUUCGUCAGCGGGCAGGGCUACGUGCCGUCUUCAUCGCAAACAAACAACUUCCACCAGCUGCGGCGCGCGGCGAGCAACUCCCCGUCGCUCAACAACCUGUCGUCGUUCGCGUCGGGGUCAACACUCUCGCCGUAUCCUUCGCACCCGCGCCACAGGACAAGCAGCGCAAGCGGCAUGCCCACGCCGUCCGAGGGCGCCGGCACGCCGCUCGGCGGCCCAGUUGGCGGCCUGCGCCCCUCGCCGUCCCUCUCGUCCGGGCCGGUACCGACUGCAGACGACAAGCGCCGCCGCCGCGCAAAGAACGAGGAGCGCUGGCGCCGCGUGCGCGCGCGCGAGGCGGCGCACGACGCGCCCGUCCGGCGCUGGGCAAAGGCUGUCGGCCCGAAACUCGGCCCGCGCGGGUCCAUGGCCGUCGUCGUUGCUGGCGCGUUCGUCGUGCGCGUCGUGUUGACGGGGAUUGCGUUGUUCCUCGCCCCGGCCAUCCGGAACCGCCUAGCAGCAGAGAUCACGACCGCGCGCGCAGCGUGCACGUCGGGCCCGCUCUCGCCCCUCCUCCGCCUCUUCACGCCGCUGUGCCGCGCCGCACUGGGACGCGACGACGCGAGCGCAGGCAUCGCGCUGCUCGGCGCGCACCUGCUGCUCGAGGGCGUGCUCCUCUGGGGCGCGGCGCUAGCGUGGGCCGCGAGCGCCGGCGCGCGCGAGGGCCGCACGCUGAGAACGAGGGUCGCGGCUGUCGUGUAUCUGAUUCUCGCGCCCGUGCUGGUGCUGCAUGACGGCGCGCUGUUACGCAUGCGCACCAUCCCCUUCGGCCUCGUCUCGUGGGCCCUCGUGUCCGCGUACGCAGGUCACGAUUCCGCCGCGACGGCCUUCCUCACCGCCGCGAGCUGGACCGACACCUCGAUGGCCGUCUACGCGCCCGCGUUUGGGGUGUACGUUGUCGGCAAGCGGAUCUGGCUCGGAAAGAAGGGACGCGGGUACAUUGCGCGCCUGCUCGUCGCCGUGGUAUUCACUUACACCGCGCUCGAGUUUGCGCUCAGCGCCGGGCCGCUGCGCGCCCGCCUGGCGCACACGGCCGCCUCGGCCAAGGACUGCGCGGCGACGAGGGCGUGCUUGGCCCCACUCCGGCGCCUGCUCACCCUCCAGGCCCUGCUCGCGGGCCUCGCGCUCGCGCCGAGCGCCUACUUCCUCCUGCGGGCAGCGUACGCGCUCCGCCCGCCGCCGGGCGAGCGCGCCGCAGGCGGAACAGCAGUGCCGGCCAUGAUCCGCCUCUUGCCCCUCACGUUGACGCUCACGACGGCCGCCGCCGCGCUGGGCGUGAGCCCGUCCGACGCUGCGCUCCCCCUGCUGCCGUUGGCCAUGGCGUCGGCCCUGCGCGGCGACGACGACGAGUGGGCAGUCGCGGUGCAGGCGCACCACGUCGCCGCUAUCGCGCUCUGGCCGGCGCUCGCGCGCGCCGGCGGCACGAGCCUCGUGUCGUUGGCAGGCGGGUACGUCGUCGCAUGGUCCCAGCUUAUCGGGACCAAGGCCGACGCGCCGAGCCCCGUCCUGCGCACGCACCAGAUCAUCACGGCCACUUUGGCCCGCCUCGCCCUCGUGUCCCCGCUGGCACCGCUUCUCAAGACGCUGCUGGCUCCGCUUGCGCGCUCCGCGCCAAUCGUCUCGCCCCUCACCCCGCGCGUGCUGUCCAUCGCGAGCCACGCCCACACCGCGUUCAUCGCUCUCUCCCUCGCCCUCCUCAUCGUCUGGGCCAACCUGCGCAUCAUCAAGACGGCGUGGACCAUUGGCGCGUUGUGA